UUUUAAAGUUUUGCUCUUUCUGUGCAGUUUAGAUUAUCACUGAGGUACAAUCCGUUUAUUCAGUGUUUACCACUUUGUCGAGUCGCCAAGCUGCGUUCAUUCCCAUCUUUCCGACAGCACCUGAACGCAGCAGCAGGAGCUCAUCUGUUGGAUAGGGAAACUAAUCAGGAGCCAAGUAAAGUCUUUUCAGUAUUGCUAGCUACGAGGCUAGCGAGGUUUUAAAGUCAACCGUCCACACGACAAAGGAGUACGGACUUUGUUUAGGAAGUACAGCGUCUCCUCUGUACCGGAAACAACAUUCGAGCAAUGUUUUAGGAACAUUAUUUUGUUGUUGCGCUGAAAGUACAAGGCGGACAGCCGCUGGCCAGCUGAAGCUUGCGGCUAGCUCAUUAGCUGGGAAAGAAGUGCAAGUGGAGGCAAGAAAAUGGAGCUGGACGACGUAGUCCUGUAUCAGGACGACUCGGGCAACUCUACCAUGAUGUCCGAGCGGGUCUCAGGUCUGGCCAGCUCCAUAUACCGAGAGUUCGAGCGGCUCAUCGAAAAAUACGACGAGGACGUAGUGAAGGAGCUGAUGCCGCUGGUCGUCGCCGUGCUGGAGAACUUGGACUCGGUGUUCGCUGUCAACCAGGAGCACGAAGUGGAGCUGGAGCUGCUGAAGGAGGACAACGAGCAGCUCGUUACCCAGUACGAGCGAGAGAAGGCGCUGAGAAAACACGCAGAAGAGAGGUACAUCGUCUUCGAAGACUCUCAGGAAGGCGAGAAGAAGGACCUCCAGUGUCGACUGGUGACGUUGGAGUCUCAUACGCGACAUCUAGAGCUGAAAACAAAAAACUAUGCAGACCAGAUUAGCAGAUUGGAGGAGAGAGAAGCAGAACUUAAGAAGGAGUACAAUGCUCUUCAUCAGAGACACACUGAGAUGAUCCACAGCUACAUGGAGCACCUGGAGCGGACGAAGCACCAACACGCCAUGACGACAACAGAGCCGUCAGACACAGGCACACCAGCCAGAACACGGAAGGAGCGUCCCAUUUCCAUGGGCAUAUUCCAACUUCCUGGGACUGAUGGUGUGACCCCUGAUGUCCGGAGGGAACCUGUGGACCCAUCUGAACCAUGGAGAUUCAAUAACCUCAGCCAUCCACGCUCCAACACCAGCCUCAAGUUGGAGGAAAUGUUUUCCCCAAUCAGAAUGAAAAGUGAGAGUUCACAAGAGAAUAUUCUCCAUCAGGAGGCAGAUCAAGACCAGGAUGAAUUGUCUCAUUUCAACCGUGGAAGCCCGAAGUCCAGCACACCAACCAACCAGGGAAGUGUCUCUAAAAGUGGAACUCCUGCGUCUCUACAAGAUGGAGGGUCCAAAUCCAACGCUUCCAUGUCCUCUCAGGGUGGUACCUCUAAAUCAAACACGCCCACGUCUACACACAGCGGUAAUUCCCAGUCCUCCACACCACUGUCUCCUCAUGAUGGAGGGUCCACUGGCAUGAGUGCAACGUCCAGUCUCGGAGGAGGGUCUGCCUCUGCCACAUCGCUGUCUACUGAUGUUGCCAUGGAGUCCGUGGACAUACCUGCACAUGAGCAGGACGGGCUCAACAAGAACCUGGACCGGAACAGUGGAAAGCCUGAGAGCAGUAAGAACAUUGCAGCAGUGCAGGGAGGACAGCAGGGGCAGGGGCAGCUUGGACAAGACGGUCAGGAGUUGGCUACCACACCUCUCCAAAGUGACGAUGGAACAGACAACCUGGAGAAGUCAGAGGUGCAGGCGAUCAUAGAGUCCACUCCUGAACUGGACAUGGACCUCGCUGGCUGCAGAGGAACAAGCACACCAGCUAAAGGCGGCAUAGAGAAUCUAGCGUUCGACCGUAACACUGAAUCUCUGUUUGAGGAGUUGUCGUCUGCAGGAAACGACCUCAUAGGAGACGUGGACGAAGGAGCAGACCUGCUGGGUAUGGGUCGGGAAGUUGAACAUCUUAUCCAUGAGAACACCCAGCUGCUGGAGACCAAAAAUGCUUUGAAUGUGGUGAAGAAUGACCUGAUAGCACGCGUAGACGAACUGUCAUGUGAGAAGGAGGUUCUCCGAGGAGAGCUGGAUGCUGUCACUCAGGCCAGGACCAAACUAGAGGAGAAGAACAAAGAAUUGGAAGAAGAACUCAAGAAAGUUCGAGCAGAACUGGAGGAUACCAAACACAAGGUCAAGAAUGACAAUGAAGAUGAUAGUGAUGUACCUACAGCCCAGAGGAAGCGCUUCACCAGGGUGGAGAUGGCCAGAGUCCUGAUGGAGAGGAACCAGUAUAAGGAGAGGCUGAUGGAGCUGCAGGAGGCUGUCAGAUGGACAGAGAUGAUCCGGGCAUCAAAGGAGAACCCAGCUCUUCCAGAGAAGAAGAAAUCCAGUCUCUGGCAGUUGAUUUUCAGCCGUUUGUUUAGCUCGUCGGGUGGAGCAGCCAAGAAGCCGCCGGCGGAGGCGCCAGUGAACGUCAAGUACAACGCUCCCACCUCUCAGAUUCAGCCCACCGUCAAGAAGAAGAGCAGCACCCUGCAGCAGCUGCCCAGUGACAAGAGCAAAGCCUUCGACUUCCUCAAUGAGGAAGUGGCAUCUGAUAAUGUGGUGUCCAGGCGAGAACAGAAGAGGGCUCAGUACCAGCAGGUCAAAGCCCACGUCCAGAAGGAGGACGGCAGGGUGCAGGCAUACGGCUGGAGCUUGCCGAAGAAAUUCAAAGUUAAUGGUGGUCAACCAGAGAAUAAGGUGAAGAAUCUACCUGUUCCUGUCUUCCUCAGACCAUUGGAUGAAAAGGAUGCUUCUAUGAAGCUGUGGUGUGCUGCCGGUGUGAACCUCUCUGGAGGUAAAACCAGAGACGGAGGUUCAAUAGUGGGAGCCAGUGUGUUUUACAGCGACGUGCCAGGACCAGAGAGCCCCAAAAAGAAGAUCGGAUCUCAGAGCAGCCUGGAUAAACUGGAUCAAGAACUCAAGGACCAGCAGAAGGAGCUGCGGCAUCAGGAUGAGAUGUCGUCACUGGUGUGGAUUUGCACCAGCACACAAUCCACCACUAAAGCUGUUGUCAUUGACGCCAAUCAGCCCGGAAACAUCCUGGAGAGCUUCUUUGUUUGUAACUCCCACGUGCUCUGCAUCGCUAGCGUACCGGGUGCGAGAGAAACUGACUACCCAGCUGGAGAAGAAGUAUCUCCAAACUCUGAUGCAGGACCAGUGGGAGAUGGCAACUCUUCAGCAGCCAAUAGCAGCUCAGCAGGUGGCGACAGCGUGCUUGGAGGCAUCACUGUGGUGGGCUGUGAAGCUGAAGGAGCGACAGCUGUUCCUCAGACAGCAGACCAUCCUGGAAAAGACGGAGAAACUGAAUCCAAACCGGCAGAGGAAGCCACAGAAGCAACAGAGACCAGUGCAGGAUUCGCAGACCAACGAGAAAGCCUGAGAGGAGUCUACACCGAACAUGUGUUCACUGAUCCACUAGGAGCCCAGCAGACAGCAGAGACGCCAGCCAACUAUUCUCAGAGGCAUGGGACCUCUGAAAAGAAUGAGAGUAUAAACUGCAGGGAGAGUGAUCUGUUGAAAGAUGGUGUGAGUUCAAACCCCAAUGCAGAGGAGCAGGACCUGAUGAGAGAAGAGGCUCAGAAAAUGAGCAGUGUUCUGCCCACUAUGUGGCUGGGAGCGCAGAACGGAUGUGUGUACGUCCACUCCUCCGUGGCUCAGUGGAAGAAGUGUCUCCAUUCUAUAAAGCUGAAGGACUCUGUGCUCGGCAUAGUACAUGUAAAAGGGCGAGUUCUGGUCGGUCUUUCUGAUGGCACAUUAGCCAUUUUCCACAGAGGAGUAGAUGGACAGUGGGACCUGACCAACUACCAUCUGUUGGACUUGGGUAGGCCUCACCACUCUGUCCGCUGCAUGACUGUAGUGCAUGACAAGGUGUGGUGUGGCUACAGGAACAAGAUCUAUGUGGUGCAGCCCAAAGCCAUGAAGAUAGAGAAAUCAUUCGAUGCCCACCCUCGUAAGGACAGUCAGGUACGUCAGCUGGCCUGGGAUGGUGACGGUAUCUGGGUGUCCAUCAGACUGGACUCCACUCUGAGGCUGUUCCACGCUCACACCUACCAGCACCUCCAGGACGUCGACAUCGAGCCCUACGUCAGCAAGAUGCUCGGUACGGGCAAACUGGGCUUCUCCUUUGUGAGGAUCACAGCUCUCAUGGUGUCAUGCAGUCGUCUGUGGAUCGGGACUGGUAACGGAGUCAUCAUCUCCAUCCCUCUGACAGAGACAGCCAACAAGGCGACCAAGACAGGAGGUAACCAUCCCGGAGGAGUAGUUCGUGUCUACGGGGACGACAGCGGUGACAAAGUGACAGCCGGGACGUUCGUUCCCUACUGCUCCAUGGCUCACGCUCAGCUCUGUUUCCAUGGUCACCGGGAUGCUGUCAAGUUCUUCACAGCUGUUCCAGGUCAUGCAGUUCCAUCUGCAUCCUGCGGAGGAGAGGCAGCAGGUGACAAGGCGACAGAUGCCACAACUCAGGAAGGAAACAAGUCCAUGCUGGUGAUGAGCGGAGGAGAAGGCUACAUUGACUUUAGAAUGGGUGAUGAGGAUGGCGAGGCCGAGGAGGCAGACGGGCCCCCCAUGAAACUGCAGCCCUUCCUGGCUAAAGCUGAGCGCAGCCACCUCAUUGUGUGGCAGGUCCUGGGCACUGAAGACUGAACUCUGAGGCCUGUUUUGCCUUUUUCUCCCAAACUAAUGCCACAGAGGAAGAGUUGAGGUGGGCGACUCCCCUCUGCAGGCACCGGUUUAAUCAGCACUUUGUUUUCUUCCUCAGUUCAGAACAAUAAGAGUGAAACAAGCAAAAACUGCUCUGAGAGCUUUUUUUCUCA